AAAAGUUUUUAGUAUCUCGCCAAACAACAAGAAUGAAGAUUUCAGGGACUUUCGUUGUGGCUUUCGUAUUUGUGUGUGCAGAGUCUGUCCCACCUGCAUCAAUUUCGACGGAAUAUUAUAAGCAGUUUCAUGCUCUGGAUACUGUAGCAAAGAACAAGGUCAACUCUAUUACGGUAGUGGUCCUCAAGUAUUAUCUGGAUUCUCUAUUAAACGCACCUUACACAAUAUCGGAAACAUUACAGACAUUUGUUGAGGAUAAUAUGGAAGAGUACAUAGAACCCGCUGUCCGUGAGAUAUCCGACAUGUGGAUGGAUUUUGCAAUAGAAAACCUGGAAAAAUCGGAUUUAAACGAAACGGAAGAGGAAAUGAAAAGGGAACAGAUUGAAGAGUUUUUUGACGAGUUGAGGUCAGAUUUCGAAAUAAUAACCACCUUGUGGUUGGCCUACCUUCAAAGCACCGGACCAGUCUACGACAAAAACGACUAAAAAAAUAAAUGUAUUUUUUGUGGUGUAAAUUGAAAAUAAAAGUUCCCACUUCCAA